UCAAUGGCCUACAAACAUCAGGAAAGCUGUUGGAAGAGUAACUAAACUAAACUUGUAACAAUGUAACCUGCUGCGAGGUAGCAAAACACCCAAAAGGCACAGGCCUAUCCAAAGAGACGGUAACUGUAGGCUUGCUGGGGUCCAGUUUACACUGACAGUGGUAACACGCAACGUAAGUGGCCUGUAGUAACACGAUGGAAUAAAUCUAUACCUACCAGUCAAAUUUAGGCCUGCUACCACUGGUAGGUCUAUUAUCAACUCGGAUCUUUUCGGGUGGGCUUAGCAUACAAAAAGAAGCCAAUAAGGCUAAGGCACAUGAGUAUGAAUCAAGGGGGGGUAAUCCAAAUUUAGACUUGCACAACCAACACUUUGCUCGAGGCCAGCGUAGUCUUCUUCAAGUCACACCACACGCCAUUCACUUGGAGAGAUAUUAAACCGCGAGACACAAGGAGCGCACGCGGGUAGCCUGCAGACAUUCUUAAAAUUCUGUGAGGCGUCGAAAAAUAAGUGAACACAUCGAAGUCGAGCACGUGACUGGUCUUAAUUCGCUCAGAAUCAUUCGUGAACAGGUAACUCUGAAGAAAGGCAAGAAAACAUGUCCCCAAACAACAAAACGAAGACAUUACUCCGUGAGGCGUCUCACCAAGUUAUCGCCGGUGGAUCUGCAGGCCUGGUUGAAAUCUGUCUUAUGCAUCCUUUAGAUGUGGUAAAAACAAGGUUUCAGCUCCAGAGAGGGACGAGUGAUCCCAACAGCUACAGGAGCUUAGGACACUGCUUCAGCACCAUCUUCCGCAACGAAGGUGUGUAUGGGUUUUAUAAGGGAAUCUUGCCACCUAUCCUGGCAGAGACACCCAAAAGGGCAGUUAAGUUUCUUACCUUUGAGCAGUAUAAGAAAGCCCUGAGCUUUACCUCUAUGUCUCCUGGACUCGCUCUGUCAGUAGCAGGCCUGGGGUCAGGCUUGACUGAAGCUCUUGUAGUGAACCCAUUUGAGGUGGUGAAAGUGAGCCUGCAGGCCAACAGAGACUCCUUCAAAGAGCAACCCUCCACGUUUGGACAGGCUCGCCGGAUCAUCCAAGAGGACGGCUUCGGGCUCCGGGGCCUCAACAAGGGCCUGACGUCCACGCUGGGUCGCCACGGCAUCUUCAACAUGAUCUACUUUGGCUUCUACUUCAACGUCAAAGACGCCAUCCCUGCCAGCCAGGACCCCAGGUUGGAGUUCCUGAGGAAGUUUGCCAUUGGCCUGACGUCCGGCACGAUUUCAUCCUGUGUCAACAUUCCCUUUGACGUGGCUAAGAGUCGCAUCCAGGGCCCGCAACCUGUGCCCGGGGAGAUCAAGUACCGCAGCUGCUUCCAGAGCAUGGCCCUGGUGUACCAUGAAGAGGGUUAUCUGGCACUGUACAAAGGAUUGGUGCCCAAGAUUAUGAGGCUUGGACCAGGAGGUGCCGUCAUGCUGCUGGUGUAUGAGUACGUCUCUGGCUGGCUGCAGAAACACUGGUGAUCGCUGGGCCUUCACACCGUGGUCCAUCAGGGUUCUGUGGGUCUCAUCACCAUCCCAGGCCCUGAGCGUGGUGUAACCCCUCAACAGAGUCAACAGGGAGCCUGAAUGGGUCAUCAUGACCUAUAAACUUCGUAUUGGAUCUGAUUGUGGGUACUCAUAAGGACCUCUGCGAAAGAUUGGCUUACUGACCUCUAAAUCCCAAAUGGACAUCAGAAACAUUAAUCACAAGGACCACACCUUCAGUAUUUUGCUACCAGAAAUAUGUAAAUGUAUUUUUUUAAAUGCUACAUAGGCUAUACAGCAGCAUAGGCUAUACCAUCUAUCUAGCGGACUAAACAGAAAAGACAUUUCAAAAAGAGAUUACUGUAGUUGCUUGACUAAUGCUCAAACAGUCCCCCUCCUUAAACAGCUUAUUAAGAAGAGGCUGAUGACUCCUUUGUCCUGCAAUCCAUUGGUGUUUUUACACAGUGCCUGGGUCACAGCUUCUUUAUGAGAUCAUGAUACUCAGAUCCUGUAAUACAGUAAUACAGCCAUUUGUCUACAGCGUCCAUAGACAAACUGCCUGUACAGGCCCCUGCCAUGGAUGAGGCAUAACUGCCGCUUCAUUCUCCUGCUAAAGUGAAAUCUUUAACUCUCAAUUUUGCAAACCUGUUUUUCAGAGACAAGUCACUCGCUGAAUUGCUUUUGAUUGGAGAUUUUGUCCACUGAAGACUAAAUUUAAUCCAGAUCUGAACUUAAUGCACGUCUGGGAAUGCAGCCCAGUUUUUUUAAGGUUACUGAGGUUUUCCAAUCUGUGUUAUAAAUUUGUGUACCAGUUUUCGGGUUUGACCUAUAAAUCCAAUCAAGGGAU